AUGUCUGUCAAAAAAGUUCUCAUUGUGGGCGCUGCGGGCGCGACAGGCUCGUCGAUCGCGAAUGGGCUUUUGGAGUCGACUACCAAAUUCGUGUGUAUCCCCUGGCGCACCCAAACCCUCCUCCUCGAGAAAUCCCCUCGAAGUCGGGCAGAUUCAAGGGAUAUUUAUGCGCUCACUCGGCCCUCGUCCAUCCAGAAACCAGAAAACCAGUCUCUGAAAGAACGUGGCGUGAACUUGGUUGCUGCCGACCUAAAGGGUCCCCAUGAAGAGCUUGUGAAGAUUCUCACGGGUAUCGAUGUGGUCAUCUCCGCUGUCGGUGCUGAUGCACAGCUUGACCAACUUCCGUUGGUUACGGCGGCGAAAGCAGCGGGCGUGGAACGAUUCAUACCCUGCGGCUUUAUCACUGUUGCGCCUCCUAAGGGGGUAAUGACGUUGCGUGAGCAAAAAGAAGUGGUUUACAACCACAUUCGCGAGAUUGGCCUUCCGUUCACAAUCAUUGAUGUGGGCUGGUGGUAUCAGGUGUCAUUCCCGAAGCUUCCUUCUGGUCGAAUCGAUUACGCGUCAAUUAUACCAGUGGACGAGAUUGUUGGCGAUGGCAACAUGCCUAGCGCUCUCACGGAUGUGCGCGAUAUCGGCCGUUACGUUGCGAGAAUUAUUGUUGAUCCUCGUACCUUGAAUAAAAUGAUUCUCGCCUACAACGAGGUCUUCUCGCAGAACGAGAUCUAUGACCUUUUGGAAAGUCUCGGUGGGGAGAAGCUUGAGAGAAAAUAUGUCUCUGGACCAGAAGUACAUGGGAGACUUGCAGCAGUGGAAAAGGCCAUUGAGGGGGAGGCCUCCCCGACCAUGCGUGUCAUGAUGCAAGUGUUGCAGUACCAGAUAUCGUGGGGCUUGCGUGGAGAUAACACUCCUGAAAAUGCUAAAAGGCUAGGGUACAUGACUUCAAAGGAGUUGUACCCUGACUUCGAGUUUGUGAAAUUCGGAGACUAUCUCAAGGAAGUGAUUGACGGGAAAGCAAGCCAUCCCUAUCAAAACCGGGACCUGUCAGACAUUAAAUAG